AUGGAUUUCUUUAAUUUGAGUAAUAAUAAUAAUAAUAAUAAUAAUAAUACUACUACUACUACUAAUACUACUAAUAAUAAUAACGAUAUUAAUACUACUAAUAAAAACCAUAGUACAAGCAAUAAUAACAAUAAAAAUGAUAAUGGCAGUAACAACAACUUGAAUGCCGGUGCCAAUGGUGUGGACGAUUUCCAGAAUUUUUUCGACUCGAAGCCCUUUGACCAGAAUCCGGAUUCUAAUAAUGACAAUAAGAAUAGCGACAAUGGCAACGACAACGAUAACGACAACAACAAUAUUAAUAACAACAGCAUGACAACUUCUAGCGCGAACUUUACUUCUCCAACAGCGGUCGUCAACAAUGCUACCGCUAACGUUACCAGUGCAAAGGCUGCUAAUUUCAUUCAGAAUCAGUCUCCUCAGUUUAAUUCUCCGUAUGAAUCUAACAAUUCCAACGCGAACUUGAACAGUCUGUCUCCUCAGGCCAUCUUAGCGAAGAACUCAAUUAUUGAUUCCUCUAAUUUGCCUUUACAAACGCAGCAACAACUGUAUAGCGGUAGUAACAAUAAUGCUGCGGCUGCGAAUGAUAAUGUCAUAACACCCCAUUUUAUCACUAAUGUCCAAUCAAUUAGUCAAAAUUCUUCUUCCUCUACUCCAAAUUCAAACGCAAAUCCUACGCUAAAUACAAAUCAACAAUUCUUGCCAUUUAACAAUGGAGUUUCCAACAACAAUAGUUUGACGGCUAACCAGCUUAUGUCUAAUCACGGUACCUCAAGCUUGAUGGAUAGGUCAUCCUCCGCAAGUAGUGAAUUUGUUCCGAGCACAAAUGGCAACAACAACAGUAUGCGUAAUAACAGCAAUAACAGUAUGACUAAUAACAACAGUAAUAACGUUACUGUUGUUCCUACAGCCAACACCGUUAAUAGCAAUAAUGCGAAUUCGAACGCCAACACGGUAUUUUCUGAAAGAGCUGCAAUGUUCGCCGCUUUGCAGCAAAAGCAACAACAACGUUUUCAAGCUCUGCAGCAACAGCAGCAACAGCAACAACAGCAGCAGCAACAGCAGCAACAGCAACAGCAACAGCAGCAACAGCAACAGCAACAGCAGCAACAGCAACAGCAGCAGCAACAGCAACAGCAACAGCAACAACAGCAGCAGCAGAAUUCUAAGUUGUUACAAAGUCAACGACAGCAACAACAAAGGUCCAUCUUGCAAAGUCUGAACCCAGUAUUGCAAGAGAAAAUAUCUACCGAGCUAAAUAAUAAACAAUAUGAACUUUUCAUGAAAUCUCUGAUCGAAAAUUGCAAGAAAAGGAAUAUGCCGUUACAAUCGAUACCAGAAAUUGCUAACAGGAAGAUUAAUCUAUUUUAUCUUUAUAUGUUGAUUCAAAAAUUCGGUGGUGCUGAACAAGUAACACGAAACCAACAGUGGCCUUUGGUAGCUCAAAAGCUGCAAAUAGCUGAUUACCAACAAUUAGAAUCAAUUUAUUUUCGAAUCUUAUUACCUUACGAAGGAUAUAUGAUUUCUCAAGAAGGAAUAAAAGAAACUCAAGCGAAAAGAAUAUUCUUGCAACAGUUUUUACAAGAACUAUUGAAAAAAGUUCAACAACAGCAACAGGCCGCUACAUUGGACAACAAUAACAAUAACAUUAUUAAUACCCCAUCAGCUCCAGCCCCUGCGGUUCCUAUACCUGUUCCCGGGGCUACUGUUCCUGCUACACCUUCAGCUACCACACCAUCUGGGAUUGUUCCAGUUUCAGCAAACAUUCCAAAGAAACUAAACAACAAUAUCAAUAUCAAUAUGAACAAUAACAGUAUUACACAGCAGCAAGUUAAGAAGCCGAGAAAACAAAGAGUGAAGAAGAAGACUAAAAAGGAAUUAGAACUAGAACGUAAAGAAAGGGACGAUUUUCAAAAGAGACAACAAAAACUUUUAGAAGAUCAGCAAAAGCAACAAAAACUGCUAUUGGAAACAAAAUUACGUCAACAAUAUGAAAUUGAACUGAAAAAAUUACCUAAAGUCUAUAAGAGGUCAAUGAUUAGAAAUUAUAAACCUAUGGUGAAUCACAUCAAACAUUAUAACGGUUAUGACAUUAACUACAUUUCUAAAAUAGGUGAGAAAAUAGAUUCGAAUAAACCUAUAUUUCUCUUCGCUCCCGAAUUAGGUGCUAUCAAUUUGCAUGCAUUAUCAAUGUCCCUACAAUCAAAGAAUCUUGGUGAGAUAAAUACUGCCUUGAACACACUGCUAGUGACAAGUGCCGACUCGAAUCUAAAGAUAUCUUUGGUUAAAUAUCCGGAAUUACUAGACUCAUUAGCAAUACUUGGAAUGAACUUAUUAUCAAAUUUAGCCCAGAACACAGUUCCAUAUCACAAAAAAACUUCAGAUUAUCAUUAUGAGGAUAUAGAAUCGAAUCAGUACUACGUUACCCAACACGAUAAAACGGUCCAUAAAAUUUUCGAAAAGUUGAGCAACAGCGGUGCACUUACACCAAAUGAUCCUAACGAUGAAAGAGUCGUUACUAUCAUGGUAGACUCUUUGACAGGUAAUCAAUUACCUCCUCCAACUCCUACUGAAACGGAGACUGAUCUCAACGCAGAACCUUUUAUAAACACAAAGUCUACAUCUUCCUCAGUCAAAGAUUGGGAUCUCUUGCCUGAACCAGUGAGGUUUUUACCGAAUCAGUUUCCUUUGAAAAUCCACAGAAUUCCCUAUUUGAACUCCUUGAAAAAAGUUAAAGAUGAAAUCGAUGAUCCCUUCACAAGAAUAAAUAGUAGAGGGGCGGAAGAUCCCAAGGUCCUAAUAAACGAUCAAUUAUCUACCAUCUCAAUGAUUUUAAGGAACGUUUCGUUUUCUGAUAAUAACUCUAGAAUUAUGUCAAGAAAUUUUUAUUUGAAAAGAUUUGUGUCAGAUUUACUUUGGCUACUUUUUAUUCAUCCUGAGAAUUUUGCAUGCAAUAGGAAAAUACUAAAUUUCAAGAAAGAUUUGGUUAUUGUUUUAUCGAACAUCUCUCAUUUAUUAGAGAUCAAUUCGUCCAUCGAUUGCUUAUUGAUUCUUAUUCUAGUUAUAAGUUUUGGUCAACCAAAACUUAACCCAAUGGCAUCCUCGUCAUCAUUUGGUUCCGAUUUUUUAACUUACAACGAAUUUCAACUACAAUGGGGUAAAUAUCAAACUUUUGGUGUAGAUAUUCUGGCCAAAUUGUUUUCAUUGGAAAAACCUAACUUGAAUUUUUUCAAAUCAAUUUUACUGAACAAUAAAUUCUCCAACAAUCAUUAUAACCGCAACAGUAACAAAAACCAUAAAGAUGGAAAGUUAUUACAGAGACUUUUGGAUCUAUACAAUGAUAAUAAUAAAAAUAACGGUAACAAACACAACCUAUUGAAUGAUCUGGUGUCAUUUUUAUUUUCUGUUAUACCAUUCCAACAAGUGUUAUCACAAUCGUCCGAUCCAAGUUCGUUGAUUUGCCAAUUUUCUCCAGUAAUUUCUCAGAGUUUAACCAGCAUUUUAGUCAUUGUACAAAAAAUACUACCCCUAUCUAAUAAUGCAUUUACAUUCAGCCAAAAUAAUAAAAGCAGUAACGGCGACAACAACGACGACAACAACAAUAAAGAUUCCUGUUUCAAUUUUAACAAAAAUUUACCAUUUGUAUGGUUAAGCUCGGAAGAGAAUAUUGGAUCUGGACUAUUGAAGUUAAGUGAAUUAACACUGAAUAUCAGCAGUUCCACAACGAAAAAUACUUUGCCGCAACAAAAUUACUCAAAAGUGCUUCUACCGUCAAUCAACAUAUCUUGUCUUCAGUUAAUCAAAUGUUUAAUUCAAAAAAGUAUCAGUUUUGAAGACUGUUUAAACAAUGACCCGGAUAUCUUGAAGAAACUAGUAUCAAUUCCAAACUUGUUCCCUACGGAUUUAGAGAUCUUCAAGUUACUUACAAACCCGUCAGCUGAUAUUCAAACAGUAAACCAAUAUCAACUACUUUACAAUCUGAAAAACGAUAUUCUAACUAACUUGAAAUGA